AUGCAAAUAGUAGACGAUAACUGUUCCAAAGAUGAGCGAUGUCGUAUGACGUUACUACCGAGCUCGUCCUCUUCAACCUCUGGAAAUCUCUACGUACCAGUUACAACCGUAAACAUGCAACCGAAUCGUAUGAUUCGUAAUUCAUGUGCUCAGUAUCAUGAUAAUGGAAGUAAUAACGAUGGUAAUGAUAAUAAUGAUGAUGACAACGAUAAUGAUAAUAGUGAUGAUAAUAUCGAAGUGAAAAAAAUGAAACAAAAUGCUAAUGGACCAUUUUUUGGGUCAACAAGCUAUCAUUAUUUACAAAUCGAUCGAAAUUCGAUUAAUAUUUUAUUGAAAGCUGCUGCUGCCUUCAUGUUACUAUGUAUUGCGGGUUGUUUGGUACUUCAACAUCUAAGGAUCAGUCAAUUAGAUUAUCGAAUACGAAGGAUUGAACUCAAUUCUGCUCAUUCCAUUCAGAAAUGCUUAGCUGAAAAAUAUUAUACAAUUCAAACAUAUCGUUAA